GUUGACGAAUGUGUUGAGUGAUAAAUAAAUAAAUAAAUAACGGUCAAGGUGGCUUCGACGUGUGUAAUAAUAUUUAAAAAAUGUCAAGCACCGCGGAAAGUCCCGACGGUGGACUGGCACUGCAGUCACACUAUUCAUUACGAUGGAAUAAUCAUCAGAAUCAUAUAUUACAAGCAUUUGAGGCAUUAUUACAUGCUGAAUUACUCGUCGAUGUCACUCUCGUUUGUUCAGAAAGUAGUAUCAGAGCACACAAGGUUGUUCUUAGUGCAUGCAGCCCAUUUUUUGAGAGGAUAUUUGCUGAACAUCCAUGUAAACAUCCGGUGAUAGUAUUGAAGGAUUUUCCUGGUCGUGAAGUUGGAGCUCUUGUUGAUUUUAUGUAUCGUGGUGAGGUACGUGUUGGACGUGAUGAUUUACCUGGUUUAAUGAGAGCUGCUGAAAGUUUACAAGUACGUGGUUUAGCAUUAUCACAACAACGUCCAGUGUCACCAAUUGAUACUGAAAUUGAAACACCAUCAUCAGAUAUAUUAAUAAAUGAACCAUUAACACCAGAUAAUAUUAUUAAUAAUAAUAAUAAUAGUAAUAACAACAAUAAUAAUGAACAAAUAAUUGAUGAUGAAGAUGAGGAUGAUGAUGAAGAUCAUCAUCAUCAUCAUAAUAAUAUAAAUUUUACAAUACGUGAUUUACGUGAAUCAUGUGGUUCACCAUUAUUACCAAGAAGAAAACAAGCAAGACCACGUAGAAGAUCUGGUGAAUUAAUACCACAAGAUUUAAGUAGACCACAUCCACCAUCAAGUUUAAGUCCAUCAAUAAGUAAUAUUAAUAUAUCACCAAUUGAUAAUAAUAAAAAAUCACAAAAUAAUAAUUAUCAAAAAAAUUUAAUAACAACCACAACAACAACAUCAUCAUCAACAACAACAGCAUCAUCAACGUUACCAUCAGUAACAUGUCCAACAAAUGAUUUAUUAAAUAUGACAAAUAAAAAAUUAACUGUUAAUAUUAAUAGAAAUCAAUUGAGUCCAUUGAUUAAUGAUACAAAUGAUGAUGUUGCUGAAAAUUUAUCAAUGAAACGUUCAAUAUCACCCUCAUUAUCAGAUACAAAUCAUCAUCAACAACAACAGCAACAACAACAACAACAACAACUUCAUCAUUCUCAUCAUCAUCAUCUACAUCAUCAUGGAAUUAAGACUGAAAGUGAGUCAGCAAGUAGUCCACGUGGUUCACCAUCAACUGGUACAAGUCAACAUCCAGAUAAUUCAAUAAAUGAUUUACCAACAGCAAGUUUACCAUCAAUAAGUGCAUUAUCAUUAACACCACCACAUCAUCAUAGUGAAUAUUUAGCAAGUCUUGGACAAUUUGCUGCUCAUUGGUUACCAAAUAAUACACAAAAUCAAGGACAUCAUCAUUCACAUCAUUCACAUCAUCAUCAGCAGCAGCAACAACAACAACAACAACGGGAUGGUAGUCCACAAGGACAUAAUAGAAAUAUUAAUAAUCCUUAUCAUUCACAACAACAACAACAGCAACAACAGCAGCAACAACAACAACAAGAAUCACGUAGAUCAAUUGGUGUAUUUUCAAUUGAUCAAAUGUCACCAUUAUCAUCAAGUGGUACAUUAUUUUCUCAUACAAGUGGUAUUGAUAGAACAUCAUUGUUAGCUGAUAUACAUGAUAGUUUUAAACCAGAAACAUUACAUGGUUUAUUUGGUGGUAAUAUUGGUGGUCAUCAUAUUAGUAAAAAAUCAAAAAAACAACGUGAUAGUGAUAGUGCUAGAAGAUGGAGUGAACAUAGUAGAGGUGGUAUGCCAAUUGGUAGACCAAAAGGACAACAUUCAGCACCACGUGGUGGUCCACCACGUUCAUGGACAAAUGCUGAAUUAACUGAAGCAUUACAACAUGUAUGGAAUAAAAAAAUGACAACAUCACAAGCAAGUAGAAUGUUUGGUAUACCAUAUAACAGUUUAUUAAUGUAUGUUAGAGGUAAAUAUGGUAAAAGUUUAAAACUUGAACAAUUAAGAAGGGAUUGUACUGGUACAACAACAAAUGAUGUUAUUAAUAAUAUAAAUAAUAAUUUAAAAUUACAACAACAAACAUCAUUAACACAUACUAUUGGUGGUUUAACACAUCAUGAUGAUAAUAAUUAUUCACAUCAUUCAUUAUUAAGUGCUAAUUUACAACAAAAUUUUUUUCCUGAUUUUGUUAAUACAAAUUUUCCAGUACCAGUAUCAAUGGUACAUUUAUUACCACCAAGUGAACAAAAAAAUUAUGAUAAUCCAAAUUGUACGGGACCACCUGGAACAAGUGAUAUACAAUCAAGAUCACCAUCACCAAAUAAUCAUGAUAUUAUACCACAAUCAGCACAAUCAGCACCGGCAUUGUUACAACAAAAUGGUGCUGAAUGAUAAUUUGUUAUUGUUGUUGUUGUUGCUUUAUUUUUUUUCUUUUAUUUUCAUACGUAAUGAAAUUAUUAUUAUCAACACUUUUUGUAUGGUAUUUCAUGAUGGUACAAUUUGUUAUUAUAAAAGAUACAUUUUAAUUUGACAUUUUAAACAAGACAUUUUGGUCAAUUGUCUUAAUUGUCCCCUGAAGAUUAUAUUCAACAAAAAAUUAAAAGACUGAACACACACUCACAUCAUUUAUCUUGAUGACAUCGAUGGAUUUCCAGUGAAUUUUUUUUUUUAAUUAAUUUAUAAUUAUUUGUUAAUUUUUUUGAGAAAAGAAAAGUAGUUAUAUGAAUUCUUUUUUUUUUUUUGCAAUAUAUUGUUUAUAAAUUUGUUUUUUUUUUUUUUUCAAAGCACUGAUCACGAUUUGUUGGAAUGUUAAAUUUACUUUCUAAUGCUGUUAUAUUAUUUUCAUCUUUGGUAUAUACACGUAACCAAUAGCAA